CAUGCAUGUUUGCUGAAUGAGAGCAUCAUGAAAAAUGGAAUAAUCAAAUCAGACAAGGUGUUUGAAGUAAUGCUGGCUACAGACCGUUGCCACUAUGCAAAAUACAACCCUUACAUGGAUUCUCCACAGUCUAUAGGUUUCCAAGCAACAAUCAGUGCUCCACAUAUGCAUGCAUAUGCUCUUGAACUUCUGUCUGAUCAGUUGCACGAAGGAGCCAAAGCACUUGAUGUAGGAUCUGGAAGUGGAAUCCUUACAGCAUGCUUUUCACGAAUGGUUGGUCCCAAAGGACAAGUUGUAGGAAUUGAUCAUAUCAAAGAACUAGUAGAUGACUCAAUAAAUAAUGUCAAAAAAGAUGAUCCCACAUUGCUGUCGUCAGGAAGAGUGAAACUGAUUGUGGGAGAUGGACGAAUGGGAUAUGCGGAAGAAGCUCCCUAUGACGCGAUUCAUGUAGGAGCUGCAGCACCAGUCGUGCCCCAAGCACUUAUAGACCAGUUAAAACCUGGCGGAAGAUUGAUAUUACCAGUUGGCCCUGCUGGGGGAAACCAGAUGCUCGAACAGUAUGACAAACUAGAAGAUGGCAGUGUCAAAAUGAAGCCUCUGAUGGGAGUGAUAUAUGUGCCUUUAACAGAUAAAGAGAAGCAGUGGUCCAGGGAUGAAUUGUAAAAGCUACAUCAUCUUGACCCAAACAUAGUGUUACAGUGGACUGCUCAUCUCCAGUUCUAAAAGCUUUUUGAAAACCAACAGCAUUGCAGCUUGUUUUGGACUUCGUUAUACUGUUGUUAUCAGCAUGGAAAAGCGUGGUGUUUGUUUUAUUUUUUUAGAUGCUCAAGGCAAAUCUGAUAAAGAAAUGGUGGAAAGUUUUAUGUGGGCACUGUUUUAUUUAACAUGCCUUUAUUUCACUUUCAUCUGUUCAAAGUGAAUUUCUGCAGAACUGCAGAUGAAGACCUAUAGCUUGUGAACUCUAAUUUUGAUGGGGGUACUUGAACACUCACUUCUCUCGGCUACUGUGUCCCUUGGUAAAACUGCUUCUGUGCACCUUACGACACUACGUAGGUAAUACCAGGUUUUCUGUGUUCCAAUGUCUGCUAGAUGCUACUAAAAGGAGAUGAACUUCCUUUUUAAGCUUUUGACAUGGUGUCAUAGACUAGCAUGUAGUAGAUACAAUCAGCUGCUUUAUUACCUUAAAACCAGGCGUUUGUAUAUAUUAAACUUCAAGACAUCAGAGGUGGGUGGCCGAUCCUGGCCAGCAUUGCUGUUCAAGUUGGACGUAACAGACAUGGUUUUCUCUUUCCUUCUAAAAUUAAUUUUGGACACUCGAAAUUCCCUUUUGGUUUAUAACUCACUACUGGUGUGAUACACAUGGAUUGAACUCUGUAAAUAUGAUGUAAGCUGUGUCCCAGUCACUGAACAGUUUAUGCAAUGCUGCUUUGCCUUAAAAAGCAAAAGGAAGGUCGUGUGCUUAUGUGGAAGAUUGGGACCAUCCUGGAGCAGACUACUGAGAUCUGAAUGGCUAGAUUCUUUACUUAAAUCCAGUUUGGUUCCAAAAGAAAGUUGCUUU